AUGCAAUAACACGUUAGCGUGGUGCGCGACGAUGCUGAGAAGGUGCACGCGUGUCUACACGCUGGGACCUUAGCUCUGCUUCAGUUCAAUCUUAUCGUGCGGUCCGCUCACAUCUCCUGGAUACACCAGUUACCGAUUUAAUAACGGUACCACGGGCCCGUCGUCCAAGUUCCGAUCGUGAAAAGUGCGUGAAAGUGCGACAUCACACGACGCAAUUCAAAAUUACCCCCACCACCUUUCGAGAAGCUCGCUCGUUUCUUCGAACCUCUUCGAGAAGAACAGAGUCUGGGUCCGUAGUCAUCCUAAACUCUUCGAUCAUUCUCAUGAACGGCGCCGAAGACACCUGUCUGUGAAACUGAAUUAGAAGACCACCAAACAGAACGAGCACCGAAUUAAAAGACCUCCAAAGAUACGAAUCUCUGUUGGUUUUCUUUUUUCGAGAAUACGAACCUUAUCUGACGGAAGAUCUAAGUAAUCUGCAGUCGAAAUCAUCGAGUAAAGAAUACAGUGGAAUUCAAAACUCUCCCCACCUAGUUUCGAGAAACUCGACUGUCUCUCCUAACUUCUGCAUGCUUCGAGAGAAGACUUUGUAUCCGUGGUCGUUCUCGCAAACUCAUUGGUCAUUCUCACAAAUGAUAGCGAAGAAAUCCGAAGAAUCCUUAUUGCUGAAUCGAAUAUUGAAAAACCCAAAUAUUUUCGAGUUAAAAUCAGUCUCCGAGAUUGAACAACAACGAUAAAAAUAAACGUUAGAUGCAUUUGCCCGAUCGAAUCGGCUCGAUAUCGUCAGAAUUCGAUCGAGAAGUCGUUAUCGACUUGUAUCAGAUAACCAGAACGCUGCGUAUCGUGAAGUUGAAUCAGGCAGCCAGACUCAGUCAUCAGUGGAUAGAAGCAGCGUUUGAAGUUCUUGGAGAAUAUCUACGUUGAGAAACGAAGGUGAAACUGGAAUUUUUCCACAACAGACGUAUACGAGAGACCCGCAUCCGAGGAACCCGGUCUGGAGAGAUUUUUUCCACGUCAACCCUGGAAGGAGGGAAGAGAAAUGGACUCGAGAGCGAUCAGCGUGCAAGGAACAGCCGAGUGGAUCCAUCAGCUGUAAUUAAACGUCAAACCUAUCGUCGUGCACAGAGACACGGUGCGGUCGAUUGAUAUCCUGUUGAAGAGGGUUGUUCAGCGAGUGGAAAAAUGUUGAUGUCGCCUAGCAUGAGUUUAGUGGUGGCUGGUGUCGCCUCUGGGAUCUGUUUUCUCAUCUACAGCGGAGUCCUCAGGGGGAAACCUGAGGAGUCGAAGCAAGAAGAAAAGGAGAUCUCCGUGCGCGAGAAUCGUUGCUGCUGCUGUCUAAAGUUACUUUUUCUCGAGCGCAGUGUUCUUUGCAAGGAUUGCGGCGGAAAAUCCUGCAGGAAAGGCUGUUCCCGUUGGAAUCCGUCAGAUAAAGCUUGGCAUUGUCUCUUUUGCCGUCAACGCAGGUAUUGGCUGAAGAAGCACGAAUUCGAAGCGUUUGGUGAGCCGAUCGACGAGAAAAAUCUACUCCGACACUUCAAUACGGCAAAAUCAAGAGUUUACGUACCAGGAGUGGAAAAUGCAGCUACCAGUUCGGGACAGGGUUCGACCGCGGAGAAAGAAGAGGCGAACACGAUGGAAACGGUUCGAGAUUCCGUUGAGAAGAUAGUAGAAGGCUUGAUCGGCAACGUGGCCAACGCGCCGAUCAAUCGACUGUACGAUCAUCCAGCGUAUGACAAGCUUUUGGAAAAACACGUUUCUUCUUUGGCCGAGGCACUGUCAAGUUUGGCCAUGGAUCAUCUGCGGUCAUCUCUGGAAAACAAAUCUGGCACGGAUUCGCCAACAAUGGCCCACAUGGCGCUGCGCGACAUCGUCGAGCGAGCCGUGGACGAGGCGAAAAAAUUGCCAGGCCUCGGUGGUUCCGGUGGGACCGGAAAAGCACAGGAGGAACGGAACAUCGCGGAGCGCAGUUACGAGGAUUUUCUCGCCAAUGAGAUACUCAACAAGGUCAUCGAGAAAUUCCAAAAGAAACAGGUGGACGGAAAUAGCAACGUCCUCCCUGGGAAACCUGUGUCAGCGAAGUGUACACUGAGUGAGAGCGAGGCAGGCCUCGAGGAAGGUGUCGAAGAAGGCUGUAGCAGCCUGGAACCGUUGUCUCAGGAUGAUUGCAGUAGCGACUGCAGUGCAUCUUGCUCGAGACGCGUUAGAAACCAACCGGAGCCAUUAUCUCUCACGAUAGAGGAACGAAUAGAGGAAGUGACAACAACAUAUGCGUCCGACGAGGAACCCAGGGAAAACGAUGUCUUGGCCAUUAAGAACACCCAUCGAGUGCCGUUCCCUGAACUUGGAAUGGACAUCAUUGAUCCUUCUCAAGAAUCGGAGGACAGCCAAGAGGAGCCGGACACGCCUCACAUAGAUUUAGUUUCCCCAGUGGAAUCUUGGGAGGAAAAUUGGUUGUUCCAAAAGAAGAGGGUUCAGACACAACCUGAUCCCGUGGCCAUGCUAGUGCCAAAUCCUAGCGCCGAUUACAAGGCUCUGAUCGGUGACAAGGAUGCGGAAGAUACCUCAGAUUUGUCGGAAUGUUCCUCGGCGCAAUCGGACGAGGAGUUAGAAAAGGAACUGAUGGAUGCCAUAAACAACGUCGUGCCAAGAUCUCCAAGAAAGAGAGAGUUCGAAAAUGGUCUGGACCAUCAUUCGGGUUUGUCAAACGACGUUUUGUUAAAGGAAAAUGGCACAAAUACACUUUCGAAUGGUAUAAACGUGUCUGAUCAAACGGGCGAUGAUAAGACUGACUCUAGAAUCGCGAAAGACCAAAGGGGAAUGGGAAGAAAUAAAAGGAUAGAAGAGUAUCGUGGGCAGAGUCAAAGUCUAGAGAAAAAUGACGAAGUCAAAGCCAAAGAGGUCGAAGAAAAAGAAGUGGAAAGAAAAUGGAGUAGAAUCGAAAGCAAGGACGAGAAACUUGUUGCAGAACCAAUCGAUUUAACUAGUAAUUACUUAAAGAUGGAAAUGGAGCGACAAACGACAAACGACAUAUCCAAAGAAGACAAAACAAGAAAUUUAAUCAACGAAGACGACUUAAUUAAACCGGUCUCACAAUCGGUCGAGAAAAGCGAAUUUGUCAUGCAUAAUUUAUCGAAUUCCGUUAACCUGGAACCUUCGACGGUUUCUUUGCCGUAUGAAAACAUGCUAGACGUGCCAAAGACACCGACAUCGACGCCAACAUGGUCUUCCGUGAUAGAGAACAGUCUGGAGAACUCUAAUAAUGAGGAAACCUUUGCUUCCCAAGAAAAGAACGUUCUGAAUUCCCUGGAAUGUGCCAAGAAGAAACUGAUGGCCGUCAAUGACGACAGUGUGGAAUUGUUUGACGAGGAGGAAACAAUGACUGCUCGGCAAAAAGUCGACUUUCAUGCUGAGGAUAUCCAACAAGAAAGUGAGUACACCGAGCAUUACGAUAUUGCGACUCAGAGACACUUGGACAGUUUGACGAAGACUGAAUCUUCUGAGUCUUGGCCACUGACGAAUUCCUCGACAGAAGAGUGUGAAAGCAAGUGCCGAGAGGCUGUGGCGUUCGCCAAAGCUGAAUCGGCUUCGCACGUGUCCCUGCAGAACAAGAAUUCGGAGGAAGAGGUUCGACUCGCUACUCCUCCUAGACCAGGUACAAUUGCCGAACGCGAGCACAAAAAGUGGGAAAAUGCUCCACCUAUUGAAAACAACCCCUACAGCCAGGAAAACAUUCAAAAGAGAUUGUUGGAGAGGCAGUAUUCUAGAAGAUCGUCAGACAUUCCUGGAAUUCACUCCGAAUUGCCAAAAAGCAACGGAGCGGAUUUGGAUGUCGUGCUGGCACCCCAUGAACCAGAUAUCAAAAGGUUCGGCAGGGACUAUUACAUAAAUGAGUCAAGAAUACCAGGCAACGAAAAAGGGAGAAGAUCGGCCGCGUCGACGUCGAGCAGACCGAGUAGCUCGUUAUCUCAACGAUCAAGCUCCAACGGGAUAGCAGACCAGGAUCAACAGGAGGAAACACAGUACAAAGAAACCGAGUCUCUCCUGAACCGAAGCAACGACGUCAAGACCAAAGUGGCGAAAUGGCAGAAUAACAACGUGGAGGGCAAGUAUCAGUUGCCAGUUCGACAGAGUGACAUCUCAAACGAGGCAGAGAAAACGAAGGAGAAGUUCUCGAAGAAGAUAGAGUGUCAAAGGUCCUGGGAAGAUGAACGAAUGGAGGAAAUUCUGGAAAAUGAAAGGAAAAACAGCAAAAAUGAGAUCAACGCGAAGCUGAACAAUCAGGAAAAUUACGAGAACGCUGUUAUAGAAACGAAGAAGUCGAAUUCCGAUGACAACCCAAGGAAGAUCAAGAGGAUCGAUCUGAAGGCCUACGGAUUCGAGAACGAGUUCUUCUCCAACAAAACGAUCAAGACUUCCACCCCAAGAGUUGUCAAUAAGUUAGACUUGAAGUCGUUUGGCUACGACGAUGGGAUUCGACGAACGCAGUCGAAUAUCCAACUGAAUAGCAUCGGGUGCGAAGAAUUCAAGCCCAGAUUCAUGAGAACGACGAACAAGUCGAACUUAACACGGCGCAAUGACUACGAGAGCGAUCGUUGCGACGUGAUCGAGAGCACUCGAGCCUCUGGUGACAACAACUUGACGCAGAGCACAGAAGCUCUCAACAAUUUCGAGAAUGAGAGCUACAACGAUUUUGGGUUGAAGUCUGCGAAAUCGGUACCCAACAUCGCCAAGUUCUAUUCAAACGCGAAUAGCCAGGAGGACGAAGAGGUAGAAGGCUACAAUCACAAUUCGUACAACGAAUUUGGGAUGAUAAAGAACGGAUCGGUGAAGAAUCUGGCGAACAAUUACAAUCUAGAGAAGUGUAACAUUAAGAGUAGCGAUUGUUCGAUCGACGAGUCGGAAAACGAUACGGACAAUUCCUCUGAGAAGGAACAGAGUCAUCGAUCGAUAAGCGACGUGAAAAAGAAAACUCUGGGCGACGAGCAAUUUGAUAAGAAGUUAUUACCGAUGCCAUCGGUCAGGAGGCUUGCUGAAGCAUUUAGUAAACAGACUGAACACGUUUCCGCUCCUAUAUCGAAGGUAACGAAGUCAAGCAACAUGUACAAGGAGAGAUCGUCAACGCCAGAGAUACAAAUAGUCGAAACACCAAGGCAGAUGCACAGUCUGACCGCCAGAUCACUUUCGAAACAAUUUCGCGAAGGACUGAGGCAAAUUCCGAAUAAAGUGACUUCACCUCCGGCUAGUCAUGUCACUAUGGAACAACCUAAUAUACCGGAGAUCCAAACGGAAGUGGUGCAAGCGAAGAGCGACGUGUCAAACGACACGAAUGUCAUUUUACCGGGAAAACUAAAGUCAAACAUUAUAUUUUGGGAACAGAUGCAGAAGAAGAGCUAAAGCAUAUCUACUUGCUUGAGAUUGGGUCCAAUUUCUAAAUAUUUGACAAAAUGAAAAGUCGAAAGUUAACUUAGGGAUCAAAUUAAAUUAACAUAUCGUGCAAAGAGUCCAGAUCUAUUUUUAGUCCUUUUUGUGUUUAGAAUGCGAUUGACAGAGGAUAUCUCCGGAAGAUAGAAUUUAAUUGAGAAGUAGAUCAAGCGGGUUAACAUCCUUGCUCAAUGUAAGAAUGCUUCAACACCGUACAACAAGGGAGUCAAUUAAUUGUAUGAAACAAUACAGGCUCAACGAUCGAUUGAUUUAUAAAAGCAAUUGCAAUCGUGACAGGAAAUGUCGGUGUAAUUGCGUGUGCCAAAUGAUAUCAACCCGUGAUUAGCCAAAGAAAAUAUUUUUGCGUGGUCCUUUUGAAACGUGCGAGUAAAUUGAACCGAAUGUAAAUCUUUGGAACGGCAAACAUUUUGGAAACUAUGUGCGAAAUGACCAACCAAAUUUGACAUGUUUGCAUAUUCAAUGAUCAAUUGUAAAUACACGUCGCCUGAACAUAGUCAAACUAUCGAAAUUUUUUUCUGUAUAUAAAAAGGAACUCUGAUAUAGUCACAAAAUUUUAUAUAUAAAUCUACCCUAUAGUGUUUCCAUGUACCGCUUCACUAUUUAUUAUUUAUUAACGUCUGAAUAUGUAUCAGUGUAUAUACACGAAUUAUGAAGAUCGGUGG